CUCGCUCCCCAGCGCUUCCCUGCUUGGCUUUGCGUACCAGGGCGGCUUUCUCCAAGGUCGCCGAUCAUGCCGACUCUCUCCGGGUCUCACGGGCCCAGGCCCUGACGGCCUUUCUUUUAGAAGUCCGCCGGAAAACUUGUUACUGCGCUCGCUCGCCAUUUCCUUUCUCUGAGUCUCACUUUUAUCUACAGAAUGGGGAUAAUGAUCCUUGCCUGCCUCGCGGAGCUGUCCGGAUUCUGAUAGCGUGACAGUAAAGUUAAGGAAUCUUAUCGUUACUGAGCGCAACAAUUAUUACUCAUUCAACAAAUGCUUAGGGAACAUCAGCUUUGUAUGGUUAGACACCGUUCAGCGCACCAGGGACACCAGCAUUGACAUACGUGACCACUGUUCCCACUUGGAGCUUGUAUUGCGGGGGAGGACAGGUAAAAAUUAAACAUAGACGAGUGGGAUGUAUAGGAGCUGUGGUGUGGCGAGAAGGAAACAAGCCAGGAGCGGUAUGCAGAACUGAGAGCCCUGCAGGCUUGGUCCCUGAUCUUCCUUUUCCCCAAAAUACUCUUCCUCGGGUAUCAAUGUGGAUCAGGCCACAAUGUCUGCCGACAUCUCACCUCUCAUCAGAGGACUUUUUGGCCACCUACAUAAAAGAGCACUCUCUCAGUCUUUUUUUCCUUCUUCAUAGCAUGUUAUUUGUUCAUAUUAGUAUAAGCUUUGUUUAAUGUCUAUCUCCUGCCCCCCCCUCCCCGUCCCCGCGUCCCCCCAGAAAUGGAUUUCUUUCUUUAAAAAAAAAAUUUUUUUUUCUUGAUUUUUUUACAGAGAGGAAGGGAGAGGGAUAGAGAGUUACAAACAUCGAUGAGAAAGAAACAUUGAUCAGCUGGCUCCUGCACACCGCUUACUGGGGAUGUGCUCGCAAUCAAGUUACAUGCCCUUGACCGGAAUUGAACCUGGGACCCUUCAGUCCACAGGCUGUUGCUCCAUCCACUGAGCCAAACUGGCCAGGGCCAGAAAUGGAUUUCUUAAGAGCAGGAGUUUUGUUUUGUUCACUAUUCUGUCUUCCCUGUUUAGAACAGCGCUGGAAACACUCAACACAUUGAUUGAAUUGGGAGGCCUCAUUGAAAAGGCAAUAUUUAAAGCUACAGAAUGAAAAGGGUAGACUGCAGGCAUCCCAGACUGAGGCUAAACAACAAACUACCAACACUGUAGAAGAGCCCCUGGAUCUUAUCAGGCUCAGCCUGGAUGAGCGAAUUUAUGUGAAAAUGAGAAAUGACAGAGAGCUUAGAGGUAGAUUACAUAGAGAGUGGAAGGGAAGGAGGAAGGGAGGGGGGGUGAGAGAGAGAAACAUGGAUGUUAGAGAGACACAUGGAUUGGUUGCCUCCCGAACACACCCCAACCAGGCUGGGAACAAAUCUACAACCCAGGCUUAUGAUCAACAUUUAAAUAUGAUAUUGGGAGAUGUGGAAGAAACUGUGACUACUAUAGAAAUUGAUGAAGAAACAUAUGAAGAGAUAUAUAAAUCAACAAAACGGAAUAUCCCAAUGCUUUUUGUCCGGGGAGAUGGUGUUGUCCUAGUUGCCCCUCCAUUGAGAGUUGGUUGAAACAAAGAAUAUAUCCUGUGUGGAAAUUAGGAGACUUUAUAUGAUUGCGUCUUUAAAGGUAGAAGAUAUUCAAAAGAGAAACCUGCGUAAAUUUUGAUAUUAAGAAAUGACCAAGGAUUCUUCUGCUCCUGAAAUGAGUUUAUUUGCACAUAACUCACAAAUUCUAAAGCUAAAUGGCAUUUUUAUUUUUCUCCAACCCUUCCAAUAAAUGUGAUCACAAAAAC